AUGGAUACAGAUCGCAUCAGUCAUCUUCUGGAAGAUGUAUCAACGCCGGAAACCAGUGAUAUUGCAGACCCGUACCAUGAUCACGAGGGAAAGCAUGGUUCUGACGAAGAUUAUUGUCCAUCUGCUCACAACGACAGUAAUGCACCGGUAAGUCCAUCUCUGCUAACUCAAGAAGAUAUAACUGCAGUUAAUACAGCACUUCAGUAUCCGGAGGUGGAACAGCCUGUUGCACAAACAGCUAGUGAUAAUUUGCUGCCUAACGACAUGGAUAUUUUUCUUCAGUCUUCGGAGUUGGAAGAGCCUAGUGCACAAACAGCUAGUGAUAAUUUGCUGCCUAACGACAUGGAUGUUUUUGUUCAGUCUUCGGAGGUGGAACAGCCUGGUGCACAAACAGCUAGUGAUAAUUUGCUGCCUAACGACAUGGAUGUUUUUCUUCAGUCUUCGGAGGGUGGAACAGCCUGGUGCACAAACAGCUAG